CCUAAUGUUGCUUUUAGAGAUUAAGUUUUAGAGGAUGAAGAAUGGUGACUGCCAGAGCCAUUGUGGAAGCUUGGAUAAGCCUCCAGAAGCCUCCCAAAGGCCUCAUUUUGCUUCCCACGCCUUCCUCUUCCUCCUACAUCCUUUUCUUCCUCCUUUCUCCAACCAAGGUUAAGGUCCUUUUGUUAGAUCAGUAGAUCGAGGUAGCAGCAUCUCGGUUUAGGAGCUUUUGGCACGGGACUCGCAUGCUCGUUGUAUGUACAAGCUAGGGUCUCGUGUUUUCGAUAGGGAGGCAGAUCGAUAUGUUACCAAAACCAUGACUCAGCUUUUGUUUUUUUGAAAAGCUUUGAAGAAGAAUUUGCCUCGUAUAAUUUUUGUGUAAAUUAGCUUUAUGUAUAAAACUUUUAAGUUAAUUAUAAAUGAGUUUAGCUUGG